CAACUAUUUUAAUCUUGACAGGAAACUAGCUGCCGCUAGCCGGUGAACAGUGGAGGAUGUGUAUUUAAAUUUUUUUAAUCUUUAAUUUAGAGCAUUAUUUUAAAAAAAAAACUUCGAACUAAAAAUAAUUCUUAUGAAGAUCGAAACGAAAGAUGACGAAUCUAUUACAGGCUUCAUGUUCGGACUAAUAUUAUUGGGGCCAGCUGUCGGAAAACUUAAAUAUACUUUGAUGGAUAAGCAAGAUAUUACACUUCUCCAAAAUCACCAGUUUGAGGCAUUUGUUGAUAUAGAUAGAAAUGGGCAAGGUGCCCAUGUUUAUGCUUUCGCUUUUGAUGUGAGCAAAGGAAAAAAGUUUGGACGCUUUGUACAAGAUAUACUCUGGGAAAUCCAUUUUGGUGGCAUUGCUCCAGGCUACAAAGUAGUUCAUAGAAAUGGGAUCUCAGUUGAUAACAGAUUGGAAAAUCUAUCCCUCAGCCCUAUGGGGAAUAGUCAAAAUCAGUACAUCAGUCAGAAAUGUAAUGAACCUUCUCUGUAUUGGGCUGCAGUGGAAAAGAUGCCUCAUGAGGCAGAAGUAUUGUACAUCAACCUAUUUAGUCCUCAAGAAGAAAUAUUUUUACAAAAAAAUGAACGAUAUUAUGAGUGUCACUAUCCCCCAUGUUCAAAGAUUGAAGCUAGACCUCAAGAGUUCAGUAUUUGUAGUUUGUGUCGAGUAACUAGAUAUUGCAGUUCAUUUUGUCAAGCUAAAGAUUGGAGGUGGCACAAACCUACAUGUAUCACAAGACCACGCCCCAUUUUGAAAGAUGAACCUGAUCGGUGAUUGCUUAUCAAAUUAGAAUUUAUAAUUUACCCUCAUUGGUUCAACUUUUUCUAUGCAAAAAAAUUUUUAGGAGUCAUUUUAUUGUUCAAUUUUUGUGUUGGUAUUUAAAUUUAACUUAAUAACCUUUUAACAAACGUAUUUUACAUGUGCUGUCUUUUUUUUUUUAAUGCAACUUUUCAGUAUUAAUGGAGGAUCUUAGCAAUGUUAUAGCCUUUAUUACACGUAUAGUACUUUUAUACAUGUGUUCCUAUGUUUCUUACCAAAGUUUGCCACAUGUGUUUUAACAUUUUUCCAAUGCUUUUAAUGUAAACCUUAUGUUCUUAUUUAUUGCAUAUGCAAGCAAGUAAGGUGUACAAAAUAAUGUGUUCAUUGCUUUCCAUUGUAAAAAUAUCAUUUUAUGUAUGGUAUAACUAUUUACAUGAUUUAUACAAAUUUAUACCACAAGAUUUAUAUUUUUUCAGAUCAAUUUGUAUUGAUUAAAUAAAGUAUUAAUAUAUUAAAAUGUC